AUGAGACCCUCAUGGCUGGGGUGGUCCCUCUUCUCGCUGUUGGCCGUGCCUGCGUUGGCUUCGGUGGACAUCUCGUCAAGCUCGGAUGGCAUGCGCCUCUUCAAGAGAGGAUGGUCCUCUGAACCGAGUGGCCCUACAAAAUUCAAUGGUCUGGAAGUGCCUCCAAUUAGAGAAAUUACACCGGACAACUUUGAAGAACUCACCAAGGACGGUUACUGGAUUAUCGAACACUUUUCGCCGUCUUGUCCUCACUGCAAGAGGAUAGCCCCGGCUUACCAGACCCUGUAUGAGUUCUACUAUACCUCGAACCCCCUGUCCUCGUCUUCUACGAAGUCUCUGGAUACCAAGUCCCUGAACUCUUUUACCGGCUAUUAUGAUAUCCGUUUUGGAAGGAUGAACUGUCAGGCCUACGCGGAUCAGUGCGAGAAACUCGGCAUCGAAUUCUACCCAACUUUUGCAUUCUACCACAACGGCGACCAGUUAGAUAAGUACGUGGGCCCGAAGAACAUGGCAGAUAUCAGCACUUUCGUUGAAGGCAAGCUCGAUUUGAUCAAGCCUGGGUCUCGGCCUCUGAAUGGCGUUGAGUUGCCCGCAGUUGGCGCGACCAGCAUGGAUCCUCUGUCGGAUCCGACAGAGGACCCGGAUCAAUAUUAUGUCAAUGACAAGUACCCUCAGGCGGGAACCAAAGAUACGGAGAAGCACAACGAGCAGGAUUCCCAGAAGGCUGCCGCGGAUUUGGAUUUGGAUGCCGGAAAAGCUGGGACUGGUAGCUCAACUCCCCCGAAGAGCGUCGUUCCUAAGCCAAAGGGACCGCCUCCCAACCCGCAGGGUAUCUCUGUUGCGCUCACCGCGGAGAGCUUCCAGAAGCUUGUAACGACGACGCAGGAUCCGUGGUUUAUCAAGUUCUACGCCCCAUGGUGCCCUCACUGCCAGGCUAUGAAUCCGAACUGGCAACAGAUGGCCAGAGAGAUGAAGGACACCCUCAACAUCGGUGAAGUCGACUGCACCGUUGAGCGCCGUCUCUGCAGUGAUGCCCGCGUCUCGGCUUACCCGACGAUGUACUUCUUCCGUGGUGGUGAACGAGUUGAAUACACCGGUCUGCGUGGCCUGGGAGACCUCCUCUCGUACUCGAAGAACGCCGUGGCCGUCCAACACGGCAUCCAAGACGUUGAUGCGACUAGCUUCAAGGAACUGGAGGAGACCGAAGAAGUCCUGUUCUUGUACUUCUACGACCAUGCGACGACAUCGGAGGAUCUCAGGGCUAUGGAGCGUUUGACUCUCAGCCUGGUGGGACAUGCUCGCAUCGUCAAAACCAGCGAUUCCAGUUUGGCAGAGCGAUUCAAGAUCCAUACCUGGCCUCGUCUUCUCGUGGUCCGCGAUGGGCGACCGAACUACUACAAUGCACUCGCUCCCAAGGACAUGCGAGACUUCCGGCAGGUUCUGUCGUGGAUGCAAACCGUCUGGCUGCCCAUCGUCCCCGAACUCACGGCAUCGAAUGCCCAGGAGAUCAUGGAUGGCAAGUUCGUGGUUCUUGGCAUUUUGAGCCGUCGCCGCUCCGAUGAUUUCACUCAGUCCCGCCGGGAACUGAAGGAGGCUGCUCUGGAGUGGAUGGACAAGCAGGUCCAGCUGUUCCAGCUUGAACGGUCCGAACUCCGUGAUUCCAAGCAGCUGCGUAUCGAGGAGGCCGAGGACCGGAAUGACCAGCGCGCUCUGCGGUCUGCCAAGCAACAGCGCAUCACGAUUCGCGAGGAUGAUAAGAAGGCCGUGGCCUUUGCCUGGGUGGACGGCGAUUUCUGGGAACGCUGGCUGCGCACGACCUACGGUAUUGAUGUGGAGAAUGGCGACCGUGUGAUUAUCAACGAUGAAGAUAAUCGCCGCUACUGGGAUACCGCAUCGAGCGGUGCGACUAUCAUGGCCUCGCGUACCUCGAUCCUCGAGACCAUUCCGCUGGUGAUCGCUUCUCCUCCGAAGCUCUCCCCCAAGUCCACGGUUGGCACCUUCGAGACCAUUUUCUUCUUGACCCGGUCUUCCCUCGGUAGUAGUCGUCUCCUCUUCUUCGUCGUGGUUGUCGUCGUACUGGCCGUGGCGGUCCUCUUCGGUCGUGGGCGCCUCUUGAGACGUGCUGGGUUUGGCCGCGGUGGCAUCCUGGGCAACCCGAACGGCGGCUUCUUCCACUUGGAUGGCAAGGAGGGCCUGCUGAAUGGUGGGUCGACGGACAAGGUCGACUGA